AUGGUGAUGUUCAAGAAGGUGAAAACCUUCGUGGUGGCCUUCAGCGAGCCCGAGAAGGUUUACUGCAGCGGGGAGAAGGUGGCCGGGCGCGUGUUGGUGGAGGUGGUCAGCGCUUUCAAGGUGCUGGCCUGCGGGGUGGCCAAAGUCAACUGGGCCAAGGGCCCCCAGCAGUGCAGGCAGGAGAUGGAGUACCUGCGCUUCGAGGAUGUCCUCGCCCUGGAGGAGCAGCCCACUGAUGGGGACGGCUCUGUAAUCCUGAGACCCGGGAACAAAUACGAGUACAAAUUCGGAUUCGAGCUUCCCCAGGGGCCUCUGGGUACCACCUUCAAGGGAAAGUACGGCUGCGUGGAUUAUUGGGUGAAAGCUUUCCUGGAGCGCCCGUCCUUCCCCACUCAGGAGAUCAAGAAGCGCUUCGAAGUUAUGGAUCCCGUGGACGUAAACACUCCGGAAUUGCUGUCCCCUGUUGCUGCCAAGAAGGAGAAGAAGGUGUCGUGCAUGUUCAUCCCGGACGGCCGCGUGUCGGUCAGCGCUCAGAUCGACAGGAAAGGCUUUUGUGAAGGCGACGACAUCUGCAUCAACGCCGACUUCGAGAACACUUGCUCCCGCAUCGUGGUCCCCAAGGCCGCCAUCGUGGCCAAGCACACCUACCUGGCCAACGGGCAGACCAAGGUCUUCACCCAGAAACUCUCCUGCGUCCGAGGCAACCACAUCAUCUCGGGCAUGUCCGAGUCCUGGCGCGGCAAAACCAUCCGCGUCAAGAAGCUCAAACCCUCCAUCUUGGGCUGCAACAUCCUCCGCGUGGAAUAUUUCCUGCAGAUCUACGUCAGCGUCCCGGGAUCCAACUCCAGCAUGGCCAGUCAGACCAGCUCCGAGAUGAGCUGGGUGGACUUGAACCUCCCCGAUGCUCCGGAAGCCCCGCCAUGUUACCUGGACAUCGUUCCCGAAGACCAUCGCCUGGAGAGCCCCACCACGCCGCUCCUGGACGAUCCCGACAGCUUCGACAGCCCCAUCUUCAUGUACGCUCCGGAGUUCAAGUUCAUGCCACCGCCCACCUACACGGAGGUGGACCCCUGCAUCGCCAACAACAACGUCCAGUGA